AUGACAAAAUCCGGUGGAUCCGCUUUAAAACGACUAAAGUCGACAUUAAAAGAAGCUAAAGUCAUUGGGCAUGGCUCCCGCUCGAGUAUGAGUAAAAAACAGAAGAGAAAAGGGAAGCCUAAAGGAGAUGACAGGAAUAAUACUAAAGACAAAUUAGAAUUCUUAAAAAAUCAAAUCAAUCCCUUCGAACUAAAAGUUACCAAAACUAAGCAUAAUGUACUGGGUAGAAAAGUGAAAGGUACCCAGGGUAGACCUGGUCUGAAAAGACAAAUUGGUAUAGAAAAACGAAAAAAAACUUUACUUGUUGAAAUGGAGAAUCGCAACAAAGUAGGCGGAUUAAUUGAUAGACGAUUUGGUGAAGAUGAUCCAACUCUAUCGCUGGAGGAAAAAAUGCUGGAGAGAUUCGCAAAAGAAAAAAAACAGAGGCAUUCAAAUUCAUCAUUAUUUAACCUCGAAGACGAUGAUUUAACGCAUUACGGCCAGUCACUUGCUUUAAUCGAUGAUUUCGAUGAACCUGAUUUAUCAUUAAAUGAGGAAGAUGCAGGUAUAAUUGACCAUGACACUGUCGACAAAAGUCAUUUUGGAGGGUUUGAAGAAGACGAACAAAAUAACGAUAAUAAUGAUGAAUAUGGGCAUAAAAAAAAGUCCAAGACAGAAGUCAUGAAAGAAGUUAUCGCAAAGAGCAAAAUUUACAAGUACGAACGCCAACUUGUGAAAGAGGAAGACGAACGCGUACGCAAUGAACUGGAUAAUGAUUUAGAUGAAAUCCGUAAUCUCAUAUCACUGCCAAAAUCAGGAGUAGACCCCCUACCGACUCAAGAAGCCGCAUUUCGAAAUUCUGUAUCAAACGGAUCGGCGUCAGAGAAAACCCUUAAUACUUCUGACAAGGAUGACGCGUACGAUAGAUAUGUACGGGAGUUAGCACUUGACAGACGCACAAGGCCUACCGAUAGAAUAAAGUCAGAGGAAGAAAUAGCUCUUGAGGAGAAAGAAAAACUUGAAAGACUAGAUGUUGCGCGGAAACGGCGCAUGGAAGGAUUGGACCCAGAGUCUGAUGAUGAUUCUGUUAAGCGCAAAAAACAAAACCGAAUUUCCAUGACAGAUGAUCUGGAUUAUGAUCAUAUCGACGAUAAUAAUGAUACCUCCAUCCCAAUUGCCGAAAGCGAUCAUGAUGCUACCGAUUUAUCAUCUGAUGUAUUGCCUAUGAAUUCAAAAAAUUUGGCUGUUAAGCACGGAAUUACUAAAACUAAGGAUAAGUCUGAAUUAGCAUAUACUUUUCCUUGUCCAACAACCCUGGCAGAAUUUUUAAAAAUAUUGCAGAAUGUUGAUGAUGAGGAAGUUCAUGUGGUGGUGCAUCGAAUUCGUGUGCUAUAUCACAUAAAGAUCUCAGUCGAAAACAAAGUAAAAUUGGAGAAAUUCUUUACAGUACUUAUGGACUAUGUUCUACAUCGUGCGCAAGAGAAUCCUGUGCCGAUGCUCCUUAUCAAUAAACUUGUUGGCCAUAUUUUUGAUCUCGUACAGCAAAUACCGGAAAGUGCUACAGAUUACUUUUUGUCCAAGAUUGUUGCCAUGGAAAAUAACUUGACAAAAAGAUUAUCCUCUUCUGGUUUAAAAAAUUCAAAACUAAUGUUUCCCACCAUUUCUGAAUUCAUUUUAUUAAGAAUACUAUCCCAAGUUUUUCCGACAUCUGAUUUUCAUCAUCCAGUAACUACCCCUACUUUAUUACUUAUGGCACAAUAUCUUGCACAAUGUCCUCUUUUAAAUGGUUUAGAUUUAGUGUCUGGUUUGUUUUUAUGUAAUUUAAUGCAUGAGUAUCAAAUUUUGGCGAAACGCAUUAUUCCUGAAGCUCUCAAUUUCCUUUUUAUCGCGCUUGUAUACCUUGCACCGCAAGGCACGUUUAACUCGAUGGAAUCAAUUCCUGGAAUCUUUCCAUUUUCUAGCAAAUUUAUCCCCACUCUUCAAAUAAAAGAUACGACCUAUAUUGAUGACGCCAAUCCUUUAGAUUUUUCACAAUUGUCAAGUGUGGUGAAUGGCAAUGGAAACAACAAUGUUUUUGAUAAUGAUGUAUUUCGUUUAUCAGCAUUAAUGGCUAUUCUACAUUUAGUUGAAAAUUUUGCAAAAAUGUAUAAUUCCGCUCCAGCAUUUUCAGAGCUUUUUGAGCCUGCGUCCAAAAUUAUAGAUGCUUACCCGCUAGAUAAAUUUUCUGGCACAAUUAAGAUGAAAAUAGGUUCAAUACGAGAAACAUUGGAACGAUUGCAAAAAUUUUCUAAAAAGAGCCGUAAACCUCUAGAAUUGCAACAUCACCGUCCUAUUCCUCUUCCCACUUACACUCCCAAAUUUCAAGAAAAUUUCUCUAUUGAUAAACAUUAUGAUCCAGAUAGAGAACGAGCUAAUUUAAAUAAACUCAAAGCACAAUACAAGAAAGAACGCAAAGGAGCGAUCCGAGAAUUAAGGAAAGACAGUAUAUAUAUUGCGCACCAUAAUAUCAGAAAGGUUAAAGAAAAGGAUACAUUAUACAAAAAAAGAAUCAAUAAUAUCAUGGGCAUUCUUGAAAGUGAGCAAGGAGAGAAAAAAGCCUAUGAAAAAGCAAAGAA